UCACAGAAGAGGAAAAUGAAGAGUUUUAUGAUGUGGGUGUGACGUGCAAACUAAAUGGGGAUAACCCGAAACAUUUCCUAUUCGGACUUAUUCCUUUCUCUCUCUAAAUACCAGAGGGGUUCUUCCUUGUCUGACUUUCAUUCCUUUCUUUCAAAUCGCUUAUCCCGAAAAGUCGGAAACCUCGUGUAAAAUUCCCUGCUAACGUGGACGCAUAUCACCAACAUGAGUUUAGAGAGAGAGAGAGCUGUGAAACUUCAAAACACAGAAACACAUAAACCGACCUUUUCAUGAGGAGAGAGAAUAUAUGAUGGUUGUGUUCAGACCCGCAAAAACCCACCUGUGAUCUUUCCCCUAGAAAGGUCUCUGAGAGAUUGAGAGAGAGUUCGAAACUCACAUGUGAGAGUGAACGAAACUUCCCCCAAAAAAGAGCGCGCGCGAGAGAGAGAGAGAGAGAGAGAGAGAGAGAGACGCAGUUUAAAACGCAUGUGUGAGUCUCCCAGCAAAUGGGUAUCUGACUGCCGCCCCUUACAAACACUUGAGUUUUGGGGUUUCUUAAAGGUUGAAACAAUGGGGAUUCAUCCUGAUUAGUUAGUUUGCGCAGAGAUAGAUAGAUAGAUAUAUAGAGAUGGUGAAUGAUUAUAUCGUGGGGGAGAGAGAGAAAGAGGGUUUGAGGGUUUUGUCACCUGCGUAUUACUAUUCAGUAUGCACAGCUGGUGGGAUGCUCAGUGCUGGAGCAACCCAUCUCGCCAUUACUCCACUUGAUGUCCUCAAAGUUAACAUGCAGGUGAAUCCCAUAAAGUAUAAUAAAAUGUCCUCUAGUUUGAGUACUCUAGUGAGAGAGCAGGGUCCCUCUGUUCUUUGGAAAGGGUGGGCUGGGAAAUUUUAUGGUUAUGGUGUACAAGGAGCCUUCAAAUUUGGGCUAUAUGAAUACUUCAAGAAGUUGUAUUGUGAUGUUGCAGGCCCGUCUAGUAUGAAGCAUAGGACCUUGAUCUACUUCUUAAGCAGUGCCUCAGCUCAAGCAAUUGCAGAUGUUGCUCUUUGUCCUUUUGAAGCCAUAAAAGUAAGAGUUCAGACACAACCCAACUUUGCAAAGGGUUUAGUUGAUGGUUUUCCGAAAGUAUAUUUAGCGGAAGGGUUAUCGGGCUUGUACAAGGGGCUUGUUCCACUUUGGGGAAGAAACAUUCCAUUUUCUAUAUUUAUGUUUUCCACAUUCGAGCACUCUGUGGACCUUUUAUAUCAAAAUGUUGUUCAAAGAAGGCGGGAGGAAUGUUCAAAGGCACAACAGCUUGCAGUGACAUUUGCAGCAGGUUAUGCCUCAGGAGCCAUUGGUACUAUAGUUUCAACCCCUGCGGAUAACAUAGUUGCUUGUCUGUAUAAUAAGAAGGCUGAAAGUGUUUUGCAGGCUAUGAAAAGUAUUGGCCUAGUCAACCUGUUUACAAGAAGCCUUCCAAUUCGUUUCACACUUGUAGGACCUGUCAUCACUUUACAGUGGUUUUUAUAUGAUACUAUCAAAUUAUUAAGCGGACUGCCAACCAGUGGUGGGAUAGACAAUUACAUGGAGCAAGUUGAGAGCUCCAAUCAAAAUCAAUUAUUGAAUCACAGCCAAACAUUUUAGAUUAAUUGGUGAGGGGAAGCGAUUGCAGUCUUAUAUAAGAGCUUGAAGAAAGGGGAAAUUUACUGAUUCAGCCCUUUAUUUAGAAUACCAUUAACAAGGAGAUUGGAAUUGAUUGUGCAGUGAUACUUAUGGUCAUAUUCCACACAACUGAUCAGGGAAAGUUUGGAUAUUUGUGAGAGCAUAGAAUGUGCAUUGUAGGGGGCAUUUUUUACGUUAUAUAAACACCCCCCAUUUGCUAAUUCAUUUUGUUUUAUUCCUGAUAAUUUGUUUGGUAUUUAUUAUUUGUGACAUUGGUUCGUUGUAUGGACUCUUAAACAAUAGAAAGAGAAGAAAUUUUACAAGCGCA